CUCUUCCACCUCACUGAAGCUCUCCAAGGCUGUCGAACUGGACGGGUUUGGCUUUUUCUCUUCCGAAAUGUACGCAGAACUCUGCUAGAUCUGCAGCAUAACAGACGAUAUUACAGACAUAACGCAACCUUACGGUUCGAUUCCACCCUCAAGUAUUCAGCUCGUCGCAGCUUUUCUCCCAAAAGCGAGCAACAUGUCCGACCUAGAUGCGCAAUCAUCGCAUCCAACCUCGAAGUCAGAGCCAUUGCUCUCGGGCGUCUCCCACCUUUCCUCAAACCCCCUCCCCGGCGACUCUACCCACGGUGGCUCCGCUAUUGUCGGAGAAGAUCGAACCACUUCGGUGCCCUCGGCAGGAUCAUCGACAGGUCUAACUCGAAACUCCUCGUUUUCGAGCAGCCACUAUCAAGAUGAUUUCUCUGACGCAGACGAGGGCUCCUUCUUCCCGCCCCUAGAGCGACUGACUAUGUUCGACUUCAUCGAGAAUCUUGCCCUUCCUCAGCGCGUCGAGAGGAUACAAAGCUCCUUGCAGGCUCAAAGGGAAAGAUUCAAGAGGCAGCAGUCACGGUUGAACAACACGAAGGACCGCAUGGUGGAAGAAUGGCGACUCCGUGUACCCACGGCAGAGGAACAGCUCGACAAAUACCGCAAGCGAGUGCGAACAUCGGUAAACCGUAUAACUGAACGAUGGAACGACCGUGCAACUGUCACCGCACGGGAGAAAGCCUCCUUCAUUGCAGGCGUCAUGAACAUAUUCAUAUCAGGAUAUAUUGUUGGCGCACGUCCGGAGAUAUUCCCACUCUGGUACACCGCGCAACUGCUCUAUUUCAUGCCACUACGUUACUACAGCUAUCACAAGAAAGGCUAUCACUACUUUUUGGCUGACCUUUGUUAUUUUGUGAACCUUCUGGUGGUUCUGAGCAUAUGGGUCUUCCCAAACUCGAAGCGCUUGUUCAUUUCCUCCUAUUGCCUUGCCUAUGGGAACAACGCAAUUGCCAUCGCUAUGUGGCGGAACGCUCUAGUAUUCCACUCCAUGGACAAGGUAGUCAGCCUCUUCAUCCACAUCAUGCCCUGCGCCACCCUUCACUGUCUCGUCCACCUUCUGUCACCCGAGUAUCAGAAGGAGCGAUAUCCUGCAAUAUACAACAUUCGCUUCUCGGCUCCUGACUCACCCCAGCAUUACGGCUUGCCGUCCAUGAUGAUGUGGGCUACCCUGCCGUAUGCAAUAUGGCAACUAAGCUAUCAUUUUCUCAUCACAGUCCGCCGUAGGGAGAAGAUUGCUGCAGGGCGUCCAACAUCCUUCACCUGGCUUCGCAGAUCGUAUGCCAAGACAUGGAUCGGAAAGAUAGUGCUCUCUCUUCCUGAGUCUCUGCAGGAACCGGCGUUCAUGCUCAUUCAGUACAUUUAUGCCUGCCUCACCAUGCUACCAUGCCCCAUCUGGUUCUGGUCUAGAUGGGCAAGCGGGGUGUUCCUGUCCGCAGUGUUCAUGUGGAGUAUCUACAACGGGGCUACAUACUACAUCGACUACUACGGGACCAAGUUCCAAAGAGAGCUGGAGGCUUUGAAGAAGGACGUUGCCAAGUGGCAGAAUUCUCCCGAAGCGGCUGGCUCGGCAUCCGCACCGGUAGUCGAGCGUCAGCGCGACGAUAUGGAGAAGAUUGAGCCACUACCAGGGAGCACCGGGGCGGUUUUGAACUCUGCGAGCGAGGGCGAAGCGAGAGUGAGAAAGUGAGGAGCCUCCUGAUUAAACUUGCCGGAUUUCUCGAAUACUUCUUGCAUUUGUAAUGUGAUUUGCGGCAGUAAUGCCAGGAUCUAAUCGGCGCACCGGUGUUCAAGACGGACUGGAUGUAGCACCUGCCCUUGGGUGAACAGUUCCAUCUUUUUUAGCGUCUUUGCGAGCUUUCCCUCGGACAACUGUCUCUUACAUUGUCAAUUGAGUAGAUACCCCUUUUUCCACAUCAUUAUGUAAACCCAGAUCCAGCAUCCUUUGGCUUGCUCUGUAUCCCUGCUCCAGUCCCCCUAUUGCUUGAAGACCAUGAUUCCUCGAUCAUACAAACCUGUAACAACUCCUAUUCUCCUCUCUCCGUCUCUCACAGCAGUCGUGCUGCCACAGAUUGCAUAUCCCUGAUACAGCACCCUAAGAC